GCUUAUACUCAAGCAAGCAGUGAAUUUACACCAAGCUCUGUCUGCUCCUGCUGAAGCCAUCAAAAUCAGAGAUAACACAGCUCGCUGAUGGACAUUACGAAACAUGGACGGUGAGAUCAACCUCAUUGCAGUAUAACACAUUCUCAACUCGCUGAAUUUAAUUUCGAAACAUGGAGUGUGAGAUCAACCUCAUUGAAGUAUAACACAUUUUUAAGUGAGUGAUUUGAAUAUUAUUAAUAAAAUUGAAGGAUGCUUUCAAUAGACCAUUUGAAGGAUACUUUCUAUUGGUCAACCCGAACCUGUAUCGAUACUCCUGGGAUCAUUUUCAGUGCCGUUCGAGGUUGAGCCUAAACUUUUGAGCCAACGAAUUUGCUAGUUUGAUGAUGCACUGGUUACUCGUGUACAUGGACAUGGAAGCAUUAUACGUUUUGAAGUAAUCAUACUCGCUGAAUGUCAUUUCGAAACAUGGACUGUGAAAUAAACCUCAUUGGAGUAUAAAACAUUUUCAAGUUGCACCGAAAUGAAUUACACAGUUAUUACUCAUGAAGCCAUCAUGGCUGACUUGACGCACCAUGAUGGCUACGUUUACCCUCCUCCAAGCGGUGACAUUACUUGCGUGGUGAAUGGUUUCGCGGAUCCAGCAAAAAGGUCACUCUAUGAAUUGAGGAAAAUAGCCGAGUCUCUGAGACAAACCUACGACUAUCCAAAUGCGCAAUUGGAAAUUAUUCAACAAAGUCGUGGCAAUUACCACUACUCGGCCGAGUUCUCUGAUGUUGAAGGUGAUGAAAACAUUAUGCCCAUUCAUCCCAAAGUUCAAUUUGCAGAAAACGCAAUGCGCUUCAUAAUAGACAAGUCGGACUAUAAUUUAAGUGACCUAUUUCAUUAUGGUUUGAAAAGUUUGAGCUCUGUUCUGAAAUAUUCUAAUUUAAGUUCAUUGUAUUUAAGGAAUAACCACAUUACUGGAGAGGUGUGCGAUGAUCUCAUCAGAGACUUGCAAGAAUCACAGAUUGUUACCCUUGAGUUGCCUAGAAUAGACGAGAUCAUCAACAAAAGCUAUGUAUCCAUUAACAAGGGUUCAGAAAUAUUCAUUUGUGAAUACAAUUCAUCAGAAUCGAUUUCACGCCUGGAACAUUGCAGAAAUGUCAAUAGAUUACUUACGCAACUAUUAGAAAACACACAUGUAAAUUCUCUUCACAUUGAUGACGAAAUCUUGAGACUUGACAGUUUUAUAGACACCAAAAUAGUUUCUCUUAGUGUAAGAGAAUGUGAGGAACUAACGAAAAGACUGAAUUGGUUAGAAAAUACUCUGAAAGAUUCUCAAAUCUCCUCUAUUGAUCUAAGUAAAUGUAAAAUAGAUUGUAAGAGCAUGGCGAGGAUCGCAUCGAUUCUGGUAGGCACGAGCAUAACGUCUCUUAAUUUGAGUGCUAAUGAAAUAGGUGUUGUCGGUAUGAAUUUACUAGUGGAUGUCCUAAAAAGCACUCCCAUCCACUCACUUGAUCUCAGUGGAAACGAUUUGAAUUGUGACAGCAUAAUAGUACUCGCUUCUUGCUUGGAGGAUACAAAGAUCACCUUUCUAGACUUAAGAAACAAUCAAAUAGGGAAUGAGGGGCUUAAUUGUUUAGCCAGAAAUCUACGUCAUACCCAAAUUACGUCGAUUGGGCUCGAUGUCAAUUGCGACGGUCUGCAGAUAUUUGCACCCUACUUGAUGAGUACAAAUAUAACAUCUCUUCUCCUGAAUGAUGACAACCUAGGCAACUAUGGGUUGGUUUGUUUGGAAGAUGUUCUAAAAAAUACACAAGUAACUUCAAUCGAAUUCACUAGUUGUAACAUGAAUUGUGAACGCUUGCAGAUAUUUUCACAAUUUCUGACCAGUGGAAAUAUUACAUCACUUAAUUUGAAGGGUAGUUGUUUAGGUAUCGAUGGUAUGCAUUGUCUUGUAAAUAUUCUAAAAAGCACUAGAAUAUCGUCGAUUGAUCUUGGUGAUAACAAAUUAAACUCGGAAAGUUUGAAAAUUUUCCUAUCAUGUUUGGUGGACACAAAAAUCACCGCUCUCUCUUUGAGCGGUAAUCUUUUAGGCUGUGAAGGAACCAAGUAUCUAAUUUCUGUUCUUAAAGACACUCGAAUCACUGCACUAGAUCUCAAAAAUUGUAAUUUAGGAUGUAAUCUUUUGAUGAAUUUCGUAAUGUGUUUGCCUGAAACAGAAAUUAGAUCACUAGAUCUAAGUGGUAACACUAUAUGUUGUAAUAUAUUUUAUCUUGCAUCUGUUCUCAGCAAUACUGAGAUUACGUCGCUCUGUCUAAGUAAUUUUAAAUCUCAUGAUUAUAACCCGGUUCACUUAUUCCGAAACUUGAGAAGGUAUGGAACUUCACUUAGAAUAAAUAAUAAAAAAUUGUGUCUUCUAAGUUUGUGUUAUUUAGGGCGAUCUCUAGGUAGAACAAAGAUCACUUCUCUCCAGCUCAGAGCGAAUCAAAUAGAGAUGGAUGGUUUAAAAAUGUUCUCUCCGGGAUUGGUGGACUCAGAAAUUUUGGAACUUGAUCUCAGUAACAACAAAAUCAACAAUUGUGGUGUAUACUAUCUGUCUCAGGUGCUGAAGCAUACGCGCAUUUGCUCAUUGAACCUAGCAGAAAAUGAAAUUUCCUGUGAAGGUCUCAAAUAUUUGGCAAAGGGUCUUCGGGGCUCUCAGGUAGUAUCACUAAAUUUAUCCUAUAAUUCUAUUGAAAAUGAAGGCUUUGAAUAUUUGACAAAAAGUUUUGUAGGUUCUCGAACCAUUGAAGUUGACUUGACAGGCAAUAUGAUCCAAGGGAGAUCAGCUAGACAGAUUUGUCAAAGAGCUGGCAAAAAAUUGUUCUAGUUACCAUGAAGAAUAGGGCGCUCUUCUGCUAUUACAAUACCUUCAAGAAUCGAAAUUGCUUUAUCGAGAUCACUAUACCUCAGAUCAGUACAAAAAUAGAAUCAGUUGAUCCUUAUGAGGAUUUUGAGAAAAGAUACGUAAACAUCACUGAAAUUGAAAUUUGUGAUGACGUGGAUUGUGAUGACAUAACUCCUGUGCUCGAAAACAACAAUUUUGCCCUUUUUAACAAUCUUGAUACUGUCUGGUUCUUAUUCUGGCCAUAGCAGUUGCCAGAAAAAAUUCCAAGUUCAGUUAUAUUGGCAGGAAUUUCUUUAAGAAAGUAUAACAACAAUGUGCAAACCUCAUCAGGACCCUUCUUCCGAUCACUCUCAUUAUAUACAUACAAUGAACUGGUUUUAUGUUUUAUAUCACUUAUACAAAAUGUAUUAACUGUUAACUGCCUGAGGUAGCAAAGCUCCUGAACUGGGACUUUGAGCAAGGAUAUAUUUUGGAUAUAAUCGAUUGCUACAGACAAAACAUUUUUCUCUAGCUUAGCAUUAUCUGAACGCUCAUGCUGCAGAGCAGAAUAAAAUUUUUUGCUUCUUCUGAUGUUAAUCAUCAGUUCGGCUGCUGAUGUCCUUUUUGCACUGUCAUUCAAGUGUGGAGAUUUCAAUUUGAGCUUAAAUUCCUCACAGGUACAGCAUGUGUCGACCUGCGGCCUCCCAAAACGGUAGUUGUAGUUUUCUAAAAAAAUCUAUAGAAGCUAUAACUUACUUUCAAAUCUGGAUAUUUUUCUGUGUAUAGGUUGAACAUGAUUUUCAAAUUCAAAUCUGUACUGUAAUAUUUUAUAGGUUUUUCACUGUAAUUAGAUUCCUGGAGAGGUAUGGAUUGAAUGUGUUCAUUCACAGCAUUUCUCUAUCAGAGACAGUGAAGCUGAUUGAUUUACCACGUUUGUCUUCUGGGGUAUCACAAUUUCUUUGGAGCUCUCUUAUUCUCCUUAACCUUCUUAUUGUAAUCCCAAACGUAGAUAAAAAGCUUUCAUACAUACUUCAGUUUUGUCGAGCCUACAAGCAAAGAAUAGCUGAAAGAAGAUGCAUUUAUCCGUGGUGUUUCAACUCGAGGUCACCUUCUUGUAACUACUUCAACAUCAAUCAAUCCAUAGAGAUAAUAAAGGUCUUGCUCAUCUUUUGACCGUAGAUCGUGGAAUUUAGAAAAAAUCAAGUUAAUGUUGUCUUCUCCAAUAGAUUCAAGACAUUUUUCUUGCACCUGAAAAAGAAAAAACAAUGCUUGAAAAACUGUAGUCUGCAAAAGGUUGUAAUUAAUACUCAUCACAUCCAGUGCAAUACUCCUCUCUUUAGCUGCAGCAUGAAAGAAUGUUUGGUUCUAAGGUGAAAGUUGAUUUGAGCAGUUAGUUGAGACAAAUAAAAACCUUUCAAGAGAAAAGUUACUGGACCAGUAAAGAGAAAUUUAGUUCAGAUCACUGGAUUAUUCAUAAAAAUAAUCAAGUCUAUGGUGAUUUAUCAAGUUGAAUAUUUCUUUUAUCCAGGUCUAAAACUAUCAACAUUUAAAAUUCUCAUUUUAAUGAUUUUUAAAUAAAAAUUGCACUGAUAUUUGUUUUGAGAAAACUGUGACUAUAUUUUCAAUGAAAUAAACAGAACAAAAAAUGAAGAAACAGCAUUUACCCUCAAGAGAGUUUUGGCUUUUCAGCAACAACAGUAGUUCCUCUAUGGUUGGUGUAGGUAUCUUCUUUCAAAAUAGCUUUCUUUAUUACAUUUCUUUUGUACUCACUCGGAUUAUACAUUUUCUUUAACCGGCUGCCUUCUUCAGAAACAUUUACAUCUAUUUCCUCAGUUUCACUCAUUUCAAAAAAAUUCUUACUAAUUGUUUCUAAGAUCAAACACUAUGCAGGCUAGAAACUGCUUGAAAACAUCAAACACCGAGAUAACCUGAAAUAUUACCUUCAGCAGAAGCAAAGAAUGAGAGUUGAGUCAGCUGUGAAACCAGGGCUGCCAAUAGAUUUUUUUUGAAAUGGCGUCAGUCCUGGAUUGAUGCCCUUUUAACAAAAACUCAGAUAUAUGGAAGGCUAUAGCAGCUGUUAUAUCAAAUGGACUGAUGCCAUUUCAACAUUAAACAGAAGCUUCAGGAAUGUAGUUUCAAAAUCAACCAAAAAAGUGAAAAUGUCAAAAAAAUGGACUGAUGCCCUUUUAACUAAACUGCAUUUAUUUGGUAACUGUGCUUCAUGGACUGGCACCUCAAAGAGAGGUGACAUCCUCACGGGUUUGGGUCUCAGUGAGCCGCCAAACACCACUAUAAUGCCGACGAUAAAUACUGGGGAAGAACUAGGUGCCCAUAGCCAGGACCCUGAUGUAUGGCUAUCCCUCUCUACCAGAUGCAAAUAAGCCCCUAUCACCUCUCCAUUCAGUAGGUCAUUUGGAGACAAAGUGGCCAGGUCUCCCUCACUCACUGAUAGGGUUGGUCUCAGGACUUCCAUGCUCUAUAGGCAGGGACAAACUAUAUUAAAAAGGGUUACACCACAUAUUUCUUCAAGUCUUUGAAAUGCGCCUUGCCGCUGUAGUCCCACCAUCCCUGGAAAGUGAAUAUAAGUUUGGGCCAAUCCUAGCAGUGACCAGGUAGAGCCCAUCAUAUUUCACAGCAAACGAUCACUGACUCCAAAGUUUACCUCCCGCCUCCUCAAAUUGAAAUACCUUGCCUGACUCUCAGAUGCUAAUUGAAGAUUCUUGUUGCACUGCUCAUUCAGGACAUUAAAUUUCUUCAUCCAGUCCAUCAAACUCGCAUCCAAUCCUUGGAGCCCCCCCUCCCUACUCAAUUCCAAAGUAGUGAAUUUCAUAGGAUGGCAUUUAUUUGUAGCAGAGGGUAAGCAUCAUUCAGUUGUCGCAUAUCUAUACAGAAUCUGUACUUUCCAGAAGGCUUACUGGUGAGUACUACAGGAGAACUCCAUGGGCUGCUAGAUGGCUGAAUCACUCCUUCCUCCAACAUCUAAUUCUGUGUCAAUGAUACUUUGCAUUGCAGGAUUCUGUGGGUAGUACCUCUGUUUUAUUGGUUCCUUUUUCUUCAGUUUUAUGUGGUGUUCUGCCAAGUGGAUUCUUCCUGAACAGGUCUCAAACUUGGGUAACUCGACGGUGAGAAAGACUUCCAGUUGCUUCUGUUGUUCCCUAGUAAGCUCUUCAUCUUCUUCUGUGCCAACAUUGCCAUAUACUCCUUUACCCAUGUUUAUCAGCUGUAGAUGGGUAAUAAUAUCCAUCCCUAGGAUAAUAGGAGCUGAAAGUUUAGGGAGGAGAGCUUAAGUAAUUUCAUGGCACUCUGCCUCAAAUUCACAAUUCAAAGUUUACUGUUUUCUUAUUUAAGUGCAGCCCUUAUCUACCAUCAAUAUCUAGAUUCUGGUUUUCUGAGGACUAACUACAUGUUUCUCCAAGUGUGCAGCAAUGUCAGCAUCCAUCAGUGAAAUCACUGCUCCUGUGUCCACCAGUGCACUGAACUACUUCCCAUAUAUUUGCAGUUCACAUAUGGAUGGGGGUCAGUAUGCUUUUUAGUGUAGUCUACUUUGCAGAAGCUCUUCACUUUUUCCAGCCAUGACUGCCAUUCCUCAGAGGUUCUUAGUGUGCAUUGUUCUGUUCCCAGAAUGAAGUUGAACUAGGUUUUCCUAAGUCCCUUGCAUGUUUCCCGAAUCCUCACAAGAGCAGGAAAGUGUUCUCACCCAUGGCUUCUUGCAGUAGUAGCAAUGUAUUUCCUUGGGUGCCCAGCUAUUUUUAUAUAGAUGCCCUCUCUUGUUGCAUUUCCAACCAACAUACUCCUUAGUCAGUUGACCCUCCAAAUUUGGUUUAGCACUGGUCUCCUUUGGAGUUGCUGCUUAGCUAUUUGCUGUAUUUGAGAUGUCGGUCCUAGGACUACUUCCAGAGUUCUUGGUCUCCUUGGUUGACUUGGUGCUUGUGUCCCCUUCAACAUUUGAAACAUAGGUCUGCAUGGGUGGUCAGGAUAGGCUGUCACAGCAACCAAUUCUUGGCUUGAAUUAGGUGGAGGUUGGCAAUUCCAUUUUUUGUAUAAAUCUCAUACUGGCUAACCUUGUCAAUUAUGCAAGGCUGCUGAAGUCCUCCAUCCUCACAAACAGCUUAAAUCUUGGGUGUAUAUUGAUAUACAUUCUCUCAAUUUUCUCCACUCCGCUAAGUCCUCCUCAUCUCCACACCAAUGUGUUAAGAGCUACUCCAUAGUCACUGUACAUCUCAUCUUCUCCUUGUGUGCAUCUCCGGACCUCAUCAUCCAACUGCCGGUGGUAUCAUUGGGGGAAGUACUAUUGUCGAAAAUUACUCAGGAGUUCUUCAAAUGUGAACCACAUGGUCUUCGGGGCUCUCAGGUAGCAUCACUAAAUUUAUCAUAUAAUUCUAUUGAAAAUGAAGGCUUUGAAUAUUUGACAAAAAGUUUUGUAGGUUUUCGAACCAUUGAAGUUGACCUGACAGGCAAUAUGAUCCAAGGGAGAUCAGCUAGACAGAUUUGUCAAAGAGCUGGCAAACAAAUUGUUCUAGCUACCAUGAAGUAUAGGGCGCUCUUCUGCUAUUACAAUACCUUCAAGAAUCAAAAUUUCUUUAUCGAUAUCACUAUACCACAGAUCAGUUCAAAAAGAGAAUCAGGUGAUCCUUAUGAGGACUUUAAGAAAAGAUGUAUUACAAAACUAAUUUUUCUGGAGGAUUAUGUUACAAAUUUAAAAAAUGAGUUUCAAAACGUAAACAUCACUGAAAUUGAAAUUUGUGGUGACGUGGAUUGUGAUGACAUAACUCCUGUGCUUGAAAACAACAAUUUUGCUAAAUGAAGAAAAAUUGGAAAAACCUUAGCUUAUAUCUUGGGUUUAUAUUGAGAUAGAUUCUUUCUAUCUUCCCUACUCCACUAAGUCCUCCUCAUCUCCACACCAAUGUGUUGAGAGCUUCUUCAUGGUCACUGUAUGUCUCAUCUUCUCCUUGUGUGCAUCUCCGGAUUUCAUCAUCCAACUGCCUGUAGGUAGCAUGUAGGCUUCCACCAACUCAUCCAGUCUUUCCAGGAACGAGAUUGCAUCACUGCUUGGCUUCUCAUCAAACAUGAGGUUCCAUUUUCGUACUGUUGAGCACACUGACGCCUUGUCUUCAUCUUCCCCAACAGCAAAAGCUCGUUCUGCUCUGUAUAUGCCAUGUGGACUUUCCCUGUGGACCUGUCUCACUUCUGGAGGGCUGAAAAUUUGUUGACGCCCACCUUGCAUGGAGGGCAUGAAUUGCUCAUGAGGACCAGAGUAAUAACACAGCACUGUAUCACAAUCUCCUCCAUCUGCAUCAUGGAAGGAGGGAGGACCAUGGCUUGGUCUGUUGCAAAGUUGGAAUUUGUUCCUGAUCCUGGGUAUCCAUUGAAGGUUCUGGCUCCUUGCCAAAGUACCUCAAGGCACUAAGAGCUUAUUUGACUUCUUGAUAGUCUACAUAUGGAGGUAAGCCCAGAAUUUCCUUGAUGGCAUCCACCUCCUGGUUCGUGAAUCCACCCACAUUCUGAAUAGCUGUAGAUCCUUCUGCUAGUGAUGGACCAUACAAUGGAAUCCUUCCAAGCAAGUCGUUUUUAAGUUGUUGGUAGUUCCCUGUUGUUGGAUGUCCAUACUUCUCUAGCUCCACCACAAUCUGUUCCUUGCUGAGUCCAUGAACCCAUGUUGUCCGGACCUCCAGCAUCCUUGAUGUUGUAUCUGGAAGUGUGUGUGAUGUAGUCCUCUUGACAGCACUAGUUACACUACUAUGAGUUGUUGUUCCUGCUUGUACUACCAGAUUCGUGGUAACAUAAGUGGGGAUGGUAGUGGUGACUGUUAAAGCUGUUCUAACUGAAGGUUGUGCUACUGGCUUAGCUUGUAAACCCAUAGAUGCUUGGUUUCUGGCACCUGAUUUUUCUUGUUAUCCUUUUUGGGCUUGUCACGAUCUUGCCCAUCAAGUGCACCUUGCCACAGGAAACGUAAUUCCAGCAGAUGUUAAAGAACCUGCCAGAUCUUAACUAAACCAAAAUCCAUCUUGUCGCACUUGAAUGAAAGUUAAAAAGAAUAUAAAACUGAAAAUGAUGCUUCACUAGUCAUUUCAAACAAACAAUACUACCACUGAACUCAGAUCAAAUCAAUAACUGUUUUGGUCAAACACUGUUACUAAAACUAGAUCUACAAUACAAUCACUUAACUCAACACUCAAGUCAAUAAUCAAAUGCAACAAAAAAAACACAACUAUUGCUAAACUCAACACAUGGAGUCAAUAAUCAAACGAUGUUUCAAACAAACAUAAUUAUAACUUAACUCAACAUAACAAUUGUUGAGUCCCUGUUUGGGCGCCAAAAAUCUAUUUGUCUGCAACUGAAACAAGAGAGGAAAAGGAAAUCUCAAACGGGAGUGAACUAUUUUUCCACAACCAAAACAAGGGAGGAAAAGUAUAUCUCAAACUGGAGCAGUCUAUUCGUCCUCAACUGAAACGAGGUGUGAAUUGAGGGAUAAGGAGAAGGUAAUCUUGAAGGAGCGGUCUAUUAGUCCACUACCAAAGAACGAGAGAGAAAUGAGGUAAAUAAAGUGAUAAUUGAAUUUGAGGAAAACUAUUCAAUUGCAAAGAAACGGUUUCAAAAAUUGGUUUAAAAUCUGAAACAACAAUCAAAACAAUGUAUAAAAUAAUACGUAAGUGGAAAUUCAAGAAAACCUCAGGUCAAGUCAGUUAAUAAAAAAAAUACCUAAGAUUUCAAGUAAAUAACUCAAAACACAAGGUUUUUAAAUAUAAUACUGUACCCAGAAACAAUGCAUUAAAAAUUCAACCUACUAAUCACUUAUGGGCUUCAAUAAGUAUGCAAGAAAACGGUCUAAUAGAAUCGGGAAUCUUAAAACGCAACUCUUAUGUUAGUCACCUACUUGGUUUACAGAGUCUUGAUGCACUGGUCAUGCAGUUCAAAGCAGAAAAAAAGGAGCAGUCCUGCCCGAGCCUAUGAAACCAAAUCAUGGACUUUGUACCUUUCCAUUUUUUUCGAACAAAUGCAAUUCAUUUCCCAAAAAUAGAAAAAGCAAGUUCCUUCAUGACACAACAUCCUGGUGUUUUUAAUUAAAAGUAUACAAACUUACCGACAAACCUACUGGCCAACAAUCACUACUUAUCUUUCUUUGUUUACACAGAACAUUCCUCAAUUGAGUACUGAAUAAGCCUUUUAUUAAAUUCUUCCUUAGAAACUAUGUACAUAAAUUCUGUCCAAUAAUUGUAUGACAUGGGCAAUGAGAUUUCAGAAAGCAAAAUGUACUAAUAUUUUUAUAAUUAUUAUAAGUUGAAAGAAUUUUUUAACAAGCAGCCUAUUGUACCAAUCUAAUUGUUUGUUUAGUUUUAAUUUUCAACACCCAUAACAAGUAGCUUGUCCAAGAAUGUAUUAAAUCUAUUGAAUGAAAUUAUGCAAUUUGGUUUUCCUUUUAGGCUGAAUGUGACUCCAAACUUUGCUCAGGUGAUCGAGGUACAUUUGUAUGCACAACACUGUACGGUAAAGAAUUAUUCUAAAUACUUAUAUUUAAAUUUGUGUAAAACUAUUUACAUGAAGAUUAAUGAUGAUAUGCUACUUAAAGUAUGAUUCACGUUCGAAAGUCAGCAUCUGAUUAGAAUUGUUUGCCAUCAUUGUCAGUUAUUUGACGAAGAAGAUAACACUAUCCUCUUCCAACUCCGCACAGAUGUUAAAUUGGCAGGAAUGUUUGCUUUUGGCUUUUAGGAGUGUCUGUUCAGAUGUAAACAAACAAUCUUCAGCUCAUCUAAAUUUGAUAAUGUGGACUAUGAUAAAUCUUGGUUCUUGAUUGAAACAUUUUAUAAAGGCUACCAUAUUUCAGAUUUUAGAUCUACAGUAUAUUGCCUAUUUUUGUAAUAGAAAUAGAAAAUCGAAAUAGACUACUGCAGAAUUUCUAUUCACUUGAGGCUUUGCAUUGUUGUGUGAAUUCUUUUGAAAGUCAUGCUGAUAUAGAAAUUUAACUAACUAGGUAGCCUACUUGAAUACAGAUCAAGUUGACUGACGGCUGAGAAUUACAUCGUUUUGCCAUUUACCGCAGACGGCUGUGCUAAAGUACAAUCCUACCAGAAAUCUAUUUGAAACUGAAACGUUGCUAAUACGCUUCCACCACUGACUGAAACGUGAAUCUCAUAAAGAUGAAGCGCUCUUAUAUCCUCUUUUAUUUUAUUGAAUUAAUCGUUGGAACGAAUUCAGUACAUUCCGAAAGAUACACUAACAACACUUAAUUCACGUUUUUAUAUGAACCUUUUUUUCAAAAGUUACCAACAAUGAUAUUUAAUUCAAAGAUAGAUACCUAACAUGGUGAAACAUUUUUUUUCAGAGCCAUCUUUAGCUGUCUGUGGUCAGAGUAAUUUUUGUGGGAAACUUAUUUUCUUACUCAUUAUAUUAUAUUGCUUUUUGUAUUAUUUUUAUUAUUUGUUCAUUGCUUAGUGUUGAUUUUAAAAUUAUGGAACUAUGUACCUGUAUUUUUAAUGUAUCGUAUAUCCUAUAAAUACUGUAUUAUUUUAUACUGUAAAUAGUAUAUAAUUCUGUAGGUACAAGUGUUAACCAAAAAUGUGUAUGUUUUACCAUAUUGUAAAUUAAUUUUGCUAAUAAAUCUGAUUAAUCAUGUUAUCUCCAAUUUCAUAAUGCUGGUAAAAAAUAUUUUAUUUAAUAAUCAGAAUUAUAUGGUAUUGUAAACUGUUUCAGUUUGUAUAGUUGAUAAUCUAGUAUCUACAUUGUGAUACCGUCUUAUUAUAAAUAUAUGUAAAUAAUAUGGUAAAUAUUUUUUAUAUUUUAUUAAUUGUAAAAAAAAGUCUAGUGGAAAUAAAUUAUUUUUAUUUUUCAAACAGAUCAGUUCAACAUAGCAACGUUUUACUUUGUUUACAAUUUUUAAUAAUUAUUCAUUGUAAAACUUUGAAAACAUUCUGAAUUGUGCUACUUUAAACCAUUUGAAAAAAACUCUAGUCCUUUCCUGGUUCCAUUAAUCAUGAUAAAAUUCUCUUAUUAUAUCAAUUUGAUGGCACGUUAUAAGUUUCAUUUUUAAUUACUUGUGUUGUAAAUAAUAAAUUAUGCCUGCUUUGUGUAUCA